UGCCACAAAGAAGUGAAGAGUCGGGUAGUUGAUACUCGGAUGGAUUCACGGUGAAUCACAACCAUAUAGAUAACAGCUUGAAGAAACUCGGCUUUUUUUCCUUUCCAUAUAAAUGUAUCACUCACGAUAGAUAUGACGGAAAUGUUUUCAACUAUGUUCGGGCAAAAUGACGCUCAGGGACAGCCCGGCUCGUCGUCUCUGGCUUUCGGACCGGGGAAACCUGCGCCGCCUCUUCCGCAAAACCAAGUCUCCAUGUCGGGGCAGAUGCCACCGCAGCUCGGGGACGAAGGGCCUGCUCUGCGGAAGCCUGGAGCCAUGAAUGAACCUUUCUACUUACUGCGGGAGCUACCUGUGGGAAACGAGUUGACGGGCAACACCAACCUCAUUACGCACUACAACCUGGAGCACGCCUACAACAAGUUCUGUGGGAAGAAGGUGAAGGAGAAGCUCAGCAACUUCCUACCAGAGUUACCAGGUAUGAUCGACUGUCCGGGCACUCAGGACGGCAGCUCUUUGCGGUCUUUGAUUGAUAAGCCUCCAGUGUGUGGGAAUUCCUUCAGCCCGCUCACCGGCGCUUUGCUCACAGGCUUCAGACUACACACAGGACCGCUCCCAGAACAGUACAGACUGAUGCACAUACAGCCUCCAAAGAAGAAGAGCAAACACAAACACAAACACCAUCGACCACAGGACCCACUACCACAAGAAACUCCAUCAGACUCUGAUCCCAAGAAGAAGAAGAAAAAGAGAGACGACGAUCCCGACCGCAAGAAAAAGAAGAAAGACAAGAAAAAGAAGAAGAACCGUCACAGUCCCGACCACCCUGGCCUCGCUGGAUCACAACCCAACAGCAAUAGCCUCAGAUAGACAGGAGCCCACUGUGUGCAUGCCUGUGUUUGAAUGUUUGUGUGACUGUACAUUUUGUAAAAGGAUGCGUGUGUGUGUGUGUGUGUGUGUGUGUGUGUGUGUGUGUGUGUGUGUAUGUUUUACAGAUAACUGUAUUAUUGAGAGUAUGUUUUGAUGACAGAGGGGAUGAAUCAAAGGAUGAAAGUGAUUGUGUGAUGAAUGAGAGUGAAAGGAGCAGUGACACAGUGGAUGUGGGUGAUGACAGGAAGACAUGUUACAGAGCAGUGUAAAAGGCAGAAACCUGAUGUUCAUAAGCUGUGUGGUUUUGUGGAUGACUGAGCAGGCACAGUAUGUAUGUCCCUCUUUGAUUUUGUUGUGAUAUCUUUUGACCAUAAUGCCAAAAUCAAAUAAACGUUGGUUAUUAUACUUUG